AUGCGGGACGAGAACCAAAAUGAUCCUUCCUUGAAUAAGAAUACAACCCCUAAAGCCCAUUUUUCAGGGUCAAAAGAAGGCUCUUUAUUUUCAAACGAUCUCGACGGUACCCAAUACUCGCUAUGCGCAACCGGACACGACAUAGCCCAAGCUCUCGUUACGCGAUGUCGCACCCUCCUCUCGGAACUUGACUCCUUCAAGGACCUCCUGGCGCAAACACAGCGGAACCCACAAAUUGUCGAGGUGCGUUCGCUGCGCUCGAAUGUUGUCUCUGAGUUGAAGACACUGGAGAAGCUCCAGGGCCAGCUUAACGAGGCCCGCGCUCAAUGUCAUGGCGGGGCUGGAGAAACAAACGGAAACCCGAACGUGCAGCAGGCGAAUGAGAGCAAUGAGAAGACAGUAGUUGCUGAUACGACAGCCGAGAAAACAGACGCAGAGUCGAGGACUAUUCAUGCGCUGAAGUCGUCCAACCUACCCUUCUACGAGGCUGUUUGGACGAUUGCGAAAAGAAGUUGUACGGGGCUUGUUGCGUUUGGGAAAAGGUUUUACUGGGAUGGAGAAGGGGAGCGAACAAGUGGGAAGGAUGGGAAGCAUAAAAAAGCGAAGGAUAAGAAUAAGAGGAGCGUGUUUGUGGACAUUGUGGCAGACGAUGGGGAAGAGUGGGUUAAGGUGUCUACAAUCUCCGAGACGAGGCUGUUAUUUGAAAUGGCGAAGAAAGGGUGGGAGGCAGAUUCGGACGUGAAUUCGGAUGGAGAGGAGCGGACGGUUUUGCAGAACCAUGAUUGCGGGGAUGACAGUGACGACGAUGAUGAGAUUGAAUUACUCAAGCUGGCGGGGGAUAUGCGGAAAGCUGCAAACGUUGUUCGAGUGCACUACAGGCGGCCGAGGCUGCGGUUUGUGUUGCCGAAGGUAGAGGAAGGGUCAAACCCUGAGAUUGAUGAUCUUCUAAAGUCUAUACGCGGCUAUGGCGUGGUAGUCAAUUGCGGAGAGGAUGUAUUUACCUCGCAAUCCUAUACUAAGCCUAGAAGCGAUAACCCCGUGGUACAGGACAGUGUUGUUUCCGUUCAGGAUGAGAUUCGAAAUCUUCUGCCUAACCGGUUCAAAAGAUUCACGUCUACCCUCAAUGUUGACUGCACCUUAUUGCUCGCCAUUGUAUCAGACCUUUCUCAUUGCAAGAACAUUGCCACCUCCCCGCAGCACCACAAGGCUAUCAACCGUCAGAUUGAGAUAGAACGUGAGCGUCCUCUGCUGUCUGCGGAACUAUGGCCGGCGAUGGAAUCUCGCCAGCUACUAUGCACAGGUGACGCUGCAAGAAGAAUGCGCGAGAUUGUGGAAACAAUCGGUACAGAAACGGAGAGGAAACGGAUAACAAUCUUGAUGGGAGACCCGCCCUUCACUGUUGCAGACUCCGCGUCUCUAGUCACAGAACUCCAGAACCUGUCAGACUAUCAGGUACCGCCGCGGCUGAGGCUUCCAAUUAGGGUAGUCGGCGCAAGCGCAGCUAUCAAACUUGAAAAGUCAAAGCUGCCUCCGAUAGCCCACAAAGUGGAGGAGAUAUUGUCUGACAUCAAUGCCAGCGUAUUCCUGUACGGCUGGGUCACUGAUAUAAUGACUAUAACGAGGACGAUGAAGAUAUGA